AUGCCCAUAGAAAGGGGAUUAGACCCACACAUUAAUCAUGCCUCUGAAAAUAGUAAAAAUUACAUUAAUUUUUUUACCUAUUCAGAAUAUAAAAAAGAACAAACUAAAUAUUCAUACUUUAAAUUAGAAAAAGUAUUCGGAACAAGGAAAGCUAAUUUUAUCAAUAAAUUAAAAUAUUGGUUAAGCAAAUGUGGUAGAAAUAUCAAUGGUAUAUCAGGCAAGUGGAUAUAUAACCCCACUCAUGAAUGGGCAAAUCAACUUAAUUGUUCCACUUCUACAAUUAAAAGAUUAAUUAAAUCAUUAGAAGAACAGGGUAUUAUAUUAUCCAAAAAAGUAAAUGCUAAAAGAUACAAUCAAACUAAAUGGUAUAGCUUAAAUUUUAAUUUACUUAAUAAUAUGUUAACUUCCCAAGAUAUCAAAGAUAAUACUGUUAAAAAUAAAUGGACCAAUCGAUUAGUUCAAAAUGAACCAAUCAUUAUAAGUAACAAUAGAAAUAACUAUACAAAUACUUCUUCUAAAAAGUUUAAAAAUAACUACUCAGAUUCUAAAGAAGAAGAAAUUAAUUUUUCUAAUGUUUUAAAAGAAAGAACAGCUCAAAAAACAAAAUUAACAACUAAUGAAACAAAGCUUGUAGAACAAAUGGUAUAUUUGUGGAAUAAAGUUUUUAUCUACAGCCGUAACCCAAUUAAAGCUUAUAUAUCAAAAAGUAAUAAAAAGGCAUUAGUUGAUGUUUUAAAUAAUCAUUUUGAAGGAGAUUUAGAUAAAUGGAGAGAGUACGCACUUGCAGUAAAUAGUAGUCAGUUUCUGAUGGGAGAGAAGGAAACAAAAAAAAAUUUUAGAGCGAUAUUUUCAUGGUUAAUAAAAGAAGAAACGUUAGAGAAGAUCAUGAAUAAUGAAUAUGGGAUAGGGGAUAGAGAAUUAGAUAUGAAUAAUAUAUCGAAAAAUAUAGAAGAGAAAAAAGAAGAAGUAGUUAAUAAAAUGGAUAAAAAGAUAUCAGAAUAUAUGAAAAUAAAAAUAAAUGAUAAAAAAGAAAGAGAAGAAUUUAUAGAAUAUGUUAAAAGCGCAAGUAUUACAGAAGAUGAUAGAUAUGGAAUAUUAAAAAACAUAAUAAAACAAGUGCCAAAAAAUUAUAUAUUAGAGAGAGAAGAAUAUAAGGAAAUAAAAGAGAAUUUGUAUGAAAGUUAUGUAAUGAAAAAACAUUUGAGUAUUACAAAAAUAGAAGUAAGAGAAAAAAUAAGAAAUAAAAUUAAAAAAAUAAUUGAAAAUAAAGAAAACAGCCACAAAUUAUUAGAAGAAUUAGAUAAAAAGAUUAUGAAAAAACAGGUUUUAAAACAAAUGAGUUAG